AUGGGGCUGGCCGACUCGCCUGGCUUUGGGGCUUUCUCUCGCUUUCCGCUGCCGCCGCCUGAGUUGCAACAAAACGAAGAAGAGCGGCGCCACAUCACUGAAAUUCAGGAAAACUUGAGGCCUGCAGCAGCAGCAGCACCAGCAGGUGUCUAUGGGGCCCCUCCCCCCGAGGGUUCCCUGGGGGGCCCCCUGGGGGGCCCCCUUGGGGGCCCCCUUGGGGGCCCCCUAGGGCAUCGAGGCUCCCCUGGCUUUGCUGCUGGGGGCGUCGACUGCUACGCCCGUAACCCUGUAGGGCAUCGAGGCUCCCCUGGCUUUGCUGCUGGGGGCGUCGACUGCUACGCCCGUAACCCUGCAGGUGUUGCGGGUUCAGCUUACAGCUCAUCACGCAUCAGCAGCAGCAGCAGCAGCAGCAGCAGCAGCGGCAGCGGCAACGUGGGUGGUGUGUGGAAUUCUCCUUUUGGGGUUGUUGGUGGACCCCCCGGUGUAGCUGCUGAUGGGGCUAUAAAGGAAAACAGCAGCAGCAGCAGCAGCAGCAGCAGCAGCAGCGCAGAGCAGCAAAUGAUGCGUAUGUAUAAACAGCAGCAAAACCAAGACUUUGCUGCUGCAGAUACACCCGAAACAGCAGCAGCAGCAGCAGCAGCAGCAGAAGCAGCAGCAGCAGCAGCAGCAGCAGCAGCAGGAGGCACAGCACUGAGGGGAGCAGCAGGAGGCCGCCCGCUGUUCGGCUUCAUCUGCUGCUUCUUUUACUUUUCGUGCUGCGCUGCAGCAGAUCUAUAUGUGCUGCUGCAGCAAUCAGCAGCAGCAAACAAAGAAGCAGCAGCAGCAACUUACCUGCAUGCAGCAGCAGCAGCAACAAACAGAUGCAGCUGCUCCUCACCCAUCAUCGUUUCUGCUGCUCUUAUGCAAAUCCCUCUUUGCUGGUUUCUCCUCCCCUGCAAGGAACAAAUGCAGCAGCAGCAACUGCUGCAGCAACAGCUGCUGAUGCGGCUCCUGCUGGCGUUGCUAAUGCUGCAACAGCAUCAGCUGCAGCAGCAGCAGCUGCAGCAGCAACAACAGCUGCAGCAGCAGCUGCUGCAGCAGCAACAACAGCUGCAGCAACAGCAGCUGCAGCAGCAGCAGCAACAGCAGCUGCAACAGCAGCAGCAACAGCAGCUGCCACAGCAGCAGCAACAGCAGCUGCAACAGCAGCAGCAAAAGCAGCAGCAACAGCUGCUGCUGCUGCAGCGGUGGAAGCAGGUGUUUUGUUUCUCCCGCUGCAGCUGGACAACAACAGCUGCAGCAGCAGCAGCUGCAGCACCAACAACUGCUGCAGCAGCAGCAGCUGGAACAGCAGCAGCAACAGCAGCAGCAACAGCUGCAGCAACAGCUGCAGCAACAGCUGCAGCAACAGCAGCAGCAACAGCAGCAGCAACAGCAGCAGCAACAGCUGCUGCUGCUGCAGCGGUGGAAGCAGGUGUUUUGUUUCUCCCGCUGCAGCUGGGGUGUUUUGCUGGACUCUGA